AUGGUUGUGAGCGCGGCAUUUGCAUUCCGGGUUGGAGGAUUCAGAAAAUUUUAUGCUGAUAUUACGACAGCUAGUCCGGAAUGCGCUCGCUAUUUGCAUAAGAUUGGUAUUGCUCAUUGGGCCCGAGCACACUUUCCCGAGGAGCGAUAUAAUUUGAUGACUAGUAACGCGGCAGAGCAGCUGAACAAGGCUCUCCGCGGUGGUCGGAAAUCUCCAAUUAUGGAACUACUCAAAUUCGUCCAGGACAUGAUGACCAGGUGGUUUAACGCUAGGAGGAACAAAUCGCUAAGAAACAGGGGGUCAUGUACGCCUGAAGUGGAUAAGGUGUUAACAGCAAAUUUGGCUGCUUGCAAGGGGAGUCGAAUCAAUUCGAUAUCCAGCUGGAGCGCUCAGAUAGUUGGUCCGUUUGGUGAAAAACAUCAAGUCAUGUUAAAAGAGAAGAGAUGCUCCUGUCGUGUUUUUGACAAGCUGAAGAUUCCAUGUGGACACGCAAUGAUGGCCGCAGAUAGACUUGGUAUUUCAUACUCGUCCUUGCUAGUGAACACCCUAAAACCGUCAAUCUGGGUGGACACAUACGAGGAGCUUAUAACCCCGCCGGAAGAUGCAGUAGAUUACGACAUGCCCCCAACCGUUGGUGAAAAAAAUGUAAUGCCGCCUAACACAAAGAGGCCGCCGGGAAGGCCUAAAGAAAUUAGAAUCCCAUCCACAGGUUGCAAGGGCCAAAAAGGAAGUGCCGAACAAGUGCUCACGAUGCUUGGGUGCCGGACACAACAGGACCAGCUGCAAAAACCCGAUUAA